CAGCUCGAGCACUGGGUCGAGAAGACAAAGCCCAACACGUUUUGGCUCACGGGCUUUUUCAACCCCCAAGGGUUCCUCACGGCCAUGCGCCAAGAGGUGACGCGGCACCACGUCAACGACAAGUGGGCGCUCGACGACGUGGUCUACCACACGGAAGUCACCGAAUAUGAGAAGCUCGAGCAGAUCCGGCAGGCGCCGAAAGAAGGCGUUCUCAUCCACGGCCUCGCGCUCGAGGGCGCGGGAUGGCACAAGGGCAAUGCGACACUUGUCGAGUCCGAGCCCAAGCGGCUUUUUGCGGCGCUCCCCGUCCUCUUUGUGACGGCGACGACAAAAGCCCAGAAGAAAAGUCGAUCCGGCGACUAUGGUCCGUACGGCGGCUUUGAGUGUCCCGUGUACAAGUACCCGUCACGGAACGACCGCAACCUCAUCUUUAGCGUCACGCUGCCAUCGCGCGAGCACCGCCCGCUGCACUGGAUCCUUCGCGGCGUCGCGCUCCUGUGUACGACCGAAUAA